AUGAAGGUUUCGGUCGUUCAGCUCGCCCUUACGCUCUUUGCCCUCCCUGCCAGCGUCUUUGCGGCGUUUGGCAUCACAAAUUCUGGUGGAACGGUCACAGUAGAUAGUGGUGCGGGUCUUGUCAUCAAGAUCAACUCCUCAACCGGUGACAUCAACUCAAUCGUCUACAACUCGAAGCAACUCCAGGACUCGUCAAAGUUUACGCAUAUUGGUUCAGGUCUAGGAUCCGUGACGACCACCACGAGCGUAUCGGGCAAUUAUGCCAGGGUGACACUCACGACCUCGACUCUUAUACAGACCUACGUCGUUGUCAAUGGUCAGAAUACGCUCUACAUUGGCACAUACAUUACCGCCGAACCAUCCGUCGGAGAACUCCGUUUCAUUGCCCGACUGUCCAGAAGUGCUCUUCCCAAUGGAGUGACUGCCUCUGAUAUCAAAGGUGGUUCAGCAAUCGAGGGAUCAGAUGUGUAUAAUGUAAAUGGACAGACAAGGAGCAAGUUUUACUCCAGCAAACGGUUCAUUGGUGAUCAGGUCCACGGAGUUACUGGUAGCGGCGUCGGUGUCUACAUGGUCAUCCCUGGAACAGGCUACGAGACGAGCUCUGGCGGUCCUUUCAUGCGCGAUAUAAACAAUCAGGGUAGCGAUCAGCAAGAGCUAUAUUGGUACAUGAAUUCAAACCACGAGCAAACAGAAUCUUACAGGACCGGGUUCUUUGGUCCUUAUGCAAUGGUAUUCACAUCUGGCUCAGCCCCUUCGGCAUCGCUCGAUACGUCCUUCUUCUCCUCUCUGAGCAUCAAAGGUUACGUCGCCGCCUCUGGUCGUGGUAAAGUCACCGGGUCGAUUUCAAAUGUCCAAUCCGGCUACCCAGUCGUCGUUGGCUUUAAGAACUCGGCCGCCCAAUACUGGACGACUGCCAGCGGAUCUUCCUACACCUCUCCCGCCAUGAAACCAGGAACAUAUACCGUGACGUUGUUCAAGGGCGAGCUCGAAGUUGGCACUGGCUCUGCAAGUGUGAGUGCGGGCGGGACGACCACGGUCAAUCUGUCGUCAAAUGAAAGUAUUCCAAAUGCCAUUUGGAGUAUUGGAAAUAGCGAUGGUACGCCAAGUGGGUUCCUCAAUGCCGACAAGAUCGAGACAAUGCACCCGUCCGAUUCACGCAUGAGUAGCUGGGGUCCCGUUACCUACACCAUUGGUUCCUCCUCGGCCUCGCAAUGGCCUAUGGCCCAAUUCAUCUCCGUCAACAACGGUAACAAGAUUAUAUGGACAGCGACUUCGUCUCAAAUCGGUGCACGAAAAAUCCGUAUUCGCAUCACGUCGAGCUUUGCAGGCGGACGGCCUUAUAUCACCGUCAACUCAUGGACCAGCUCGACACCAGCAGCACCUACCAAAAUCGACAGCCGAGGCGUCACACGCGGCACGUGGAGAGGAAAUAACCAGGCUUUCGAGUACAGCAUCCCAUCUGGAACAUUGAUCGCCGGCAAGAAUACCAUUACCAUCUACGUAGCGAGCGGAUCCUCGGGUGAUACUUUCCUCUCACCCAAUAUCAUCUUUGACUCGAUCGUCCUGUACUAA